AGACUCGUUAAAGAAAGUGCGUCAUCAUAUGGAAGGUACCAUCACGUCGUAGAGGGGAGGGGGGAGACCGUGAUAUCUUUCUAAAUAAUUUUCAAACCAACGUAUGAUAUGGCGAUUUUUAAACGGAUAGUUUCCGAUGUAUAAUCAGGUCGUUAUUAAAUAAUUUCAUAUUAAGUCUAAUUCUUUAAGAAUGACUUUUAAAUUUUGAACGAGUUUUUUUUGGCACUUCCCCAUUGUACGACGAGCACAAAAUUCUGUAGACCAAUCACAUUAAAGCGCGGAUAACUGACAAUGGAGACUCCUUCCAUUAAAACAAACAUCUCACAGGAAGCUUUGUCAUAACAACAAUCACUUUUUUAUUUGUUAAAACCUUUUUUGCAUUAUUCUGGAUAUUCUGGAUUAUAGAAAUUUAAUUCAAUUUUUUUUUGUAUAGCAGUUUUUACAAUUGACUUUGUCUCAAAGCAGCUUUACAGAACAUAAACAUAAAAAAAGGUUAUUAUAAAGAUUAAUAUCAUAUAAAAAUCCAAGAUUAAUGUUAGAUCUAUUAAAAUGUUCUUGUAUUUAUCCCCGAUGAACAAGUCUGAGGUGACUCAGGUGACUGUGGGGAGGAUAAACUCCCUUGAAUGGUAAAGGAAGAAACCUUGAGAUGAACCAGACACAAAGGGGAACCUCAUCCUCAUAUGGGUGACACUGGAGGGUGUGAUUAUAAAUACACAGUCCUACAAAUGUUGUAUUGAUUAGCACUAACUGACUAAUCAGAUUAGAGAGUCCAGCAGGGUUGUAGGACAAUUGCCGUUAAUGUUUGCAUGGAUUGCAUUUCUUGCUCAUGCUGUUUGUAAACCUCCUUAUCCACUACUGCCUACUUAGACAUUUCCUUAAAUAGCUAGCUUUCAAAUCCUUUCCGGGGGCUAGAUUUUUAUUAUCCAGUCAGCAGUAGAAAAUCUAAUUGCACAAUAUAAUCAAAUUUGUUAACCAUUUCAGAUGGCUGCUCUCUUGAUAAGACUUGAUUUCGAUUUGAAAACUGUUUGUUAAACCGAAAGGAAACAGUGCAGAAGUGGGUGGAUGUUAAAAUACUCCAAAGUAACAAAAGACACAUCACACCGUCCUUACUUUCUACCUAACGACUUUGUACCUUAGUCUGUGAUGUUGUUUUAUGGUGCACCUUGCACUGGGUUGUCAUUUUUAGUAGACAAACACAGGUGAUGCUUCAGUUUAAAAGACCAGGAUACUCUACUAGCAGUCAGACACAGACGCGUCAGCCAUGGCUUUGAUACACCUCAGGAUGUUUUUCUUGUGUUUUGUGUUUCCUAUACUCUAUGGUGGUGUUUUGCGGGUGCAGAACAGAGACUGGAUGGGAAAGCUACCUGCGGAAUUUAUCGAAGGAGACGUGGAGUGCUUUUCUGAAUACAUGGAACUGUGGAUCCACAGAAUGAGAACCGAAGGGUUGAGACUCUGGCUUUCAGCAAUGCUAAGGAUUCAAGUAAAUCUUGGGUCUCUGGAGAUCUUAAACCAUCAGCUGUCAGCAUGUGGCUUUGGUCUGCAUAAAGAUCCUGACAGGAACUACAUCUUCAGAGUUAUGUACAGCGGAUGCUUUGUUCAACAAGAGCACGGUCAUUACGUGAUUGUAUUGAACUUGAUGAAGAGAAUAAGCCGCUUUGGAGGCAGGACACAUAAUUAUGUAAUGAAAUGUCCUGUAGUUCCAGCACUACCCAACACAGAACAUAUUCAGUGUGACCCUGAUUUCAUCCAGGUUACCAGAGUGAUCCCAUUGGACAGUUGGAACAAUGAGCUCAGAUGGUCUCUUGCGUUGAGAGGGAGUGUGGUGGUGGCGCUGGAAGAUGCAAGUCUCAUUCAAGUAAAUGUAGACAUUCAGAAACCGCUCAUUACUGUUCAAGGCAGGAGGAACACAGUUCUCAGUCCUGUGCAGGUUCUACAGACUGAAGGCCAGUUCUUACCACUUAAGCUGGUCAGUGGACAAUACGCCUAUAGUAUGGAAGCCACUUGUCCAAAUGUGAUCCCACAUUCAUCUGAGGACACAGUGCUGCACGUUUACAAACGCCGCAUGGGAUUGACUAAGAGAGGAGGCUAUGACAACGAGACCCUGUCAAUCAGCAGUGUGUAUAUAAACCAGACAGAGACGUUUACCUGGUCUGAGACCACCAGCUUUGUGACUCUUGUCAUUCCCACUGCACUUAUUCAAAAGACAAAGCAGAAGUGUGCUGACAAGGACUCUGAGAAUCUCCUGCAGUCAUUCUUCAGAGUGGAUAUUGUACUCACUUUUAAAGAGACAAAUUACAGGAUGCUCUGGACAAUGGAGAACACGUCACCAUGCUCAAAUUAUCACAUUCCUUCAGUGACGACGACUCCAUCAGUGACGCCUAAAUCUCCUACGGCAUUUACUGCUUUAAAACCAACAAUCCUCAAUUCACUAACAGAAGAGCCACUGCUUUCUUCCAGCAUGGAGCCCCAAACAUCACCCUGGACCACUGAAAAAAGAUUUAGCAUGACUGGCAUGGCCUUUCAACCUACUAGGACACAUGAAGUGGUAGCAGGAUUAUCAGUGAAUAGUGGUUCAGCAGACAGUGAGUCCACAAUUACCUCAUACAAGGCAGAUACAAGUACUGACAUUCCUGGGAGUAUUGUUUUAACGCCGUCUCUUAGCAUGGGGUCAGAUGCAACACUGGUUAGUUUAUCCAAUCCUUCAUUUAGUCCUCACUAUGAACAAUUCACAGACUUGACUAAUGCUAGAAAAACAUCAAAAGUUAUGCUGCACAAGCCACCUCUCUCAACCACAUACAACACUGAAAGACCAAACAAAAUGUCACUUUAUUUAGAAAGUACUAGUACUUCCCAAUACCAUAAUAUCAUUCCCAAUACUGUCUCAGAUAUCACUUUAAACACUCCACCUGUAUCCCUGACAGCCCUCCAUCUACAUCAGCGAGUCACUCGACCGUCCCUGUCUCCCUUACAUGCUGGUACUACAGUGCAUUCAUAAGACCACAAUUACUCACACAACACAUGAUGACACAUCUAUGCAGCCAGAGAAUGUUACAUUAGCAAGCACAUAGGUCCUAAAUAUAUAGUAAAUAGAGAGAUAAUAUCUUGCACCAUCGAACUGGAUAACCCUCCAAAAAUGAGAUUUCUUCCUUCAUUCAACAAAGCAGCUAAUUUACCUACCAACAUGUUUAUAUUCCAAAGGAAACAAAAAACAUGCAAAACAUAGUAUUGAACCCCCGGAGCUGUGAGGCACCAACAGAUCUGCUGUGCCACUGUGUCACCAUAAAUGAAAAUCAGACAAAGCAAAACCACAACUCUGAUGCCUGUCACCAUGGAACAAUCAUAAGAUAUAAUACAUAAAAUCUCCCUCUGGGUAAACGA